UCGCAGAACGCUAUGUACCGAUAGACUUAUUCCGAUAUAAUCGAUACCACGCGAAUUUCGUGAAAUAAUUUUAUUGAUUCUAUUUUGGCUAAUUUUUUGGCUAAACAGCAGGAGCACAGCGUUGCACGUGUGUUCACCUGUCCGCCGGCACCGUCCUGGCCAUAGAAGUCGGUGCGGUACCACUGGAUUCAUUGGAUACACUGGCACCACUGUGGACCACAUUGGACCACCACCGCCAGCUUCGGAGUUUUGCCCCCACAAUUUGCGAAGGAGCCCCGGAAAAUGGUGGACGCCGCCCGGCAGAUGCUCGACGAGCUGAUGGGCAGGAAUCGCAACCUGCAUCCCUCGGAGGCGGGCGCCAAGGUCAAUUGGGAGGACCCGGAGUUUUGUCAGUUCUACAACGUUAAGUUCUGUCCGCACGAUCUAUUCAUAAAUACGCGCGCAGAUCUGGGUCCUUGUGCCCGCAUCCACGACGAGGAAGCCCGACAUCUCUACGAGGAUGCUCGACCCUCGCAGCGGAAGCGCCAGUACGAGGAUGAGUUCCUGCGCUUCUGCAAUGUUAUGCUGCACGAUGUGGAUCGAAAGAUCCAGAAGGGAAAACAGCGUUUGCUGCUAAUGCAAAGAGAUCAGCCCAAUGUACCGGCACCACUGAGCAGGCACCAGGAGCAGCUGUCGAAUCUGACGGCCAGGAUCAAUAAGCUGCUCUCGGAGGCAGAGGAAGCCGGCAUUCGGGGCGACGUGGACCAGGCCCAGGAUCUGAUGACCCUGUGCGAGGAGCUCAAGGAGGAGAAGGAGCAGUUGGUACAGCAAUACGAGGCCAAUCACAAGGCCAUCAACAGCAUCAGCCUGACCAAGUCAGCGGAGGACGAGCUGCAGCAGCAGCCGCGCAGCAGUCCGGUCACAAAUCCCAGCGAAGAAGCUGCAACCACUCCUCUUCCAGCCGCCACCACGCCAGAUGAUGCGCCGGAUGCAGCUCCAAGUUCCGCACCAGCAGCUGUCACACCGACUGACGAUGCCGGCGAAGCAACUGGUGCAGCCAGCGAGGACAAAACGUCGGAAAGAACCGAUAGCAAGGCGGCUGGCUGGUCGCAUGACGCCAUGCCCGAGAAACAGAUGAAGGUGUGCGAGAUCUGUGGCGCGUUCCUGAUUGUCGGCGAUGCACAGCAGCGGAUCGAGGACCAUUUGAUGGGCAAACAGCAUCUGGGCUACUCCAAACUGCGCAACGCAGUCGCCGAGAUCAACGAGGCGCGACAAAAGGAGCGCGAGCAGGAGGAACGACGUCGGCGGGAGGGCCGAGUGCAGCGCUUCCACUCCUACGACAGCAGGCGCGAGCCACGCAAUGAGUACCGCGAGCGAAGUCGCGACUAUGUUCAGAAUCGCCAGCCCUCGGAUCGACGUCACCAUCACCAUAAGUCGCACCACAGCUCCCAUCACUCGUACUCGCGCAGUGGCGGAGGUGGCGUAGGAGUUGGUGGCGGAGGAGGAGGUGGUGGCAGCAGUCGGAGCAACCGGAGCCACCAUAAUCACAACCAUAAUCACUACCGCCAUGACAGCCGCGAGCGACAUUGCCGCAGUCGGAGUCGCAGUCGCUACUAGAGACCAAAAAAAAAAAAACAAAAGCGGAAAACAAUAGAAACCAAGUGAAUAGCAAACCAAGAACACAAGUAAAUAAUCCGAAAGUCAGGAGCAGUUCCAGUUCCCAAAGCCCCAUACCGCAAGUGUACAACUAAAUAUGAUCAAGUUCAACACGAACACAAUCUCUCGCCCAUCUGCGAUCUUCAGUCUUCGUCUUAUGUGUUCGCAAAUCCGCAAUUCGCAAUCCGUAAGCACCAGCUGCCGUGGCCACGGGCGGCAGCAUCGAGGUAUCCCAAUAAAAAAAAAAAUCAUUAACACAAUUUCCAAAAAAAAAAAAAUAAUAAUAAUAUGUAUCAGAAAACAGUUAGAUAAAACAGUAUCUGAGCUGGCAGUAACAAUUGCGCUGAGGUGAGUCGAAUACUUCAUAAGCCCGUAAAAAAAUAACACUCGGGCGACAUUUUGCCCCUUCACGUUCUGUAGACAUACUCUUUUUCGUACCAUUACUCUUCUCUCGUAUAAACGAUCCAUAUAUCUGUGUACACACACACACGCGUGUCCCCUCAAUGUGUGUGUACCCAGUUGGGUUGAGAUCCGGGCGAGGAUUUCACCAAGGUCCACCAGUACUUCGAAACGGACAGACGGACCUACGUCCUUUUGAUUGAAAUAUGUUAAACUCUUUUAGUUUUUCAAGCACCACAGGCACUUUUACCCUAACGUUGUAGAAUUAAAUUUUGUGCAGGAUUGUUUUUAAAGUUUGUAGCUUCAACAGUUUUCGUUUUGCCCAAGUAAUAUACUCUAUAGUUAUCUGUUAAUGAAGGGAGUUGCAGAAUAAAUAUAGGGUUCUUUCAGGUUCACGGUUUAUGGUUCAGUCUUAAAAUUAGUUAACUAUGAAAUAUAAAAGCAAGACUUCGCCAAGUGCUGUGUGAAUUUGACUUCUAUAAACAUAUAUAUACUAUAUAUUUAUAAUGACCAAAAGAUAGGCUGGGGAUUAGGGCGAUACGAAGCGUUCACUGGACGUUUCCCUUGCAAUUGUGAGUGGGACAUUGACUGAAACAGGUAUUUACCAAGCCUUACUCUUAUCUCUAUGCGCUUAACUAACCCAACAGAUACAGAUCCGCAUUCCCUGCCAUCCCUGCAUUCCCCUCCGCACAUCCAACCCACCAUUCCCAAGACACAAGAACACAGACACAUCAUGAACCAUAAAAUACAAACCACAAACGAUAAAUGUAUGUACAUAUAUAUGGUAGUAUCUAUAUAGCGACUUUGAGAGACAAUCGUACUGCAUGCGAUAUUGACUUGGCCAUUGGGUUCCUGGGUCACUUCUUGACGAUGGAAUGGGUUUCGGGGUCCCCAGUGGAGGUAUGUAGUCUUGGUGCCUUGUGAGCCGAAGAACGGCAGAAAGAGACGGACUGAGGGUGAGAGAAAGAGAGAGGAGCUUCUGAUGUGAGACAGAUUCACAGGUACAUUUGAUAAAUCGAUGAAAACCUAACCAAGCGAUUAGUCCAUUCCAAGGAUUCAAGGAUUCUUCUGGAUUUUACAAAUAUUUAAGUUUUUUCGUUUGCUCUAUUUAUGAUAUAAUAAUGAAUAUAUUUGAAAUACACAAGUUUAUAAGAAACUUAUUCUAUGAGCCUUGGAAAGCUAAACUUUGGAAAAGGAUCGUCGGCUUGCCGUGAAAACUCUACAUAUUGCAGUUAUUUUUUUUUUUGUAAUCCCUAACUCAUUGUUGUGGUUUUCUGCCCCCUCCCAUCCUUCCCCUGCACUAUACUCUAUUUUUUAAGCUUGAAAAAAAAAAAAAAAAAAAAAAAAAAAAAAAAAAAAAACUAACCCCAGCGAACUCUUCAAGUCAAGAUUCCAAGACACCCACGAAAAAUCACGAGGUAAUUGAAUUGCUAAAUCGAAUUAAAUUCUAAUCAAUCAAAUACAAUACAAUGCAAAGUGAAGAAGCACAAGCAUAGGCAGUGAUCAGAGGGAGACAGCAAACAGUGCAAAGACAGAGAGGGCGAGAGAGUUCGAGUCCCCAAACCCAUACACAUGUAUGUAUGUUCAUGUUCCCCCCUCCUCUUCACCAACAGGUAAAUUGCGACUGACCUCGACCCUUUAAAAAUAAUAAUACUGAUAUUUGUUAUCGAUCUCGAUUACGUCGAAUUUUGUGAUGUGACGCGAUCAGCCGUAGGCUGCAUCUCUGUCCAAAACCAAUCGAAUUCCCCCCGUAGCUGUAUGUUUUGUACUGUUCGUGCCACACAACCUAAGAUAUAAUGUUCAGUAUAUAAGUAAACCCCACACUCAGAUGAACUCUGAAUACGUAUCCGUAUCUAUAUACACGAUCAGCUCGAAAUUAGUCUAAGAUGCGCUAUCCACCUUUAACCGCCCUGAACUUUUGGUCUGGCUCACUUGACUCACACUUUCCUUUCUGCAAACGUAUUCCAGAAGCCGCCAACCGAGGAAUGGAGCCCGAAAGUGUUGAAAUGCGAGGGAUAUAUAUAUAUAUAGAGAGAGAGAGGAAGAUAUAUAUGGAAGAUAUACAUAAGUCUAUAGAUAAAGAAGAAGAACCAACCAGGUAACUUCUAUGCCACACCUCCCCACAUAAAUGUUUCUUCACGACAGACAUGGCGAAAUCCGAGAUCCGUGAACCGCACUCCUCGAUCCAUAAUACGCAAUCCGGAAAUCAACGAAGGAUCACUUUUCAGUGAUCACAGAAUGAGAGAGAGACAGAGUGCUAGAGAACGCUGAGAGAGAGAGAGAGAGACACUCGUGUAGAACUGUAUUAGGCAUAAUACAAAACGAGGUGAAUUUCCAUUUCUCUCAACUACUUAUAACUAUAUUAUAUACAUAUAUCUAUAACUAUACCCAUUACUUCCACCCAUCCUUGGAUCAAAAUUAAUAUUGCAUUGAAAUCGCCGGGUUGUCAGUUAACGAAAAAUACUAUGGAGCAAUUUGAACCGUACAUAUAUGUAUAUGAAUAUGUAUAUGAAUGUAUGGUCGCUUUAGUUUUGUGUCCGCGCAGGAUAAGCUCCUUCUUUCUACCCCUUCCCUGCAAGGGACACACCUCUUCCCUGCCAGCAUCCCAGAUCCCACCCACUAACCCAACACUCCACAUUCUUAUUGUUUACCCACAACCACGUAGCAAAUUAAUCAAUUGAAUUGAGUUAGCAUCGGGCAAACAGAGUUAAGGAACAUUUACGAAGGCAGAUUUAAGUAUAUAGUGUAACCAAUCAAUAAAACUUGAUCGAUCGUCUUUAGUCA